AUGUUGCAACCACAGACCGACGAAAAGAUGUUAAACGACUCUGAUCAUUCCAAUGUAUCCACGAUCAAGGAGAAAUCUCCACCCUCCCCAACACAUUCUACAUCUUCAUCUGUAAUGAGUAGCACUUCAUCUAUUGUUUCCGAAGAAAUGUACAGUGCCGGAACGAGCCAACUGGAUAAAUUAAAUCCAUUCCGAGCUAGUCUUUCGAGUCAUGAUGGCCAUUCCGAAUUACCACCUACAUUGUAUUACAUUCCAAAUUUUAUUACUGAAGAAAAGGAACAAACGAUAUUGAACAACAUUUAUGCAGCCAAUUCUCAACAAUGGACACGAUUGAGAAAUAGAAGAUUACAAAUGAUAGGAGGCAAACCAAACGAUAAGGUUAUGUUUGAAGAAGGAUUACCAAAAUGGCUUACAGGUCAAUUUUUAGGUAUAAAUGAUUUGCAUACCUAUCCUGGAAAUAAGACAAUCAAUCACGUCUUAAUCAAUGAAUAUGAAGUUGGUCAAGGAAUUGAUUAUCACAAAGAUGGACCAGUUUAUUUUCCAAUGGUUUUUAUUAUAAGCUUGGAGUCUACAGUCAUGCUGAAUUUUAAACUUUGUGAACGUGAUGAAGAUUAUGUCGAUCAAUGUCCUUAUGUGAAGCAAUUCUCUGUGAUUGCAGAACCUAGGUCCCUCUUAAUAUUUACUGAUGACAUUUACCAUUAUUAUAUGCAUGGAAUCGAUGAAUGUGACUCUUAUGAAAUUACAGAUGACAUGUUAAUUGCAAAUGCUGAGCUACUCGCAAACAAAGAGUUAGCAAAAGUUGGAACCAAAAUCGAGAGAAGUAAGAGACUAAGUUUAACCUGUAGAUGUGUAAGAAAGACAAUGAAAAAGAAAUUGUUUUUCAAGUAA